AUGUCUCUGGCCCAUCUUUUCUUUGUAUUAAGGUGGCAUGGAACUGUCUCUGAGAAUCUAAUGAACCAACAAGUCCUGGUCCCAAAGGAAGAGCAAAGCAGUGAUAGUGACUCUGAAUCUUUCACAACGUCAGAACAGAAGAAAAGGGGUCUCGGCCACAAAGUAAAGUUCUUCUUGGGCAAAAUCAUCCACUCAAAAGUGAAGGAAUCCCAAUCUAUGAAACUCAGCAAUCCCUCGUCUUCCCAGAAUUCACUCAUGACAUCCCCGAAACAGCAUCGCCUUCCUAAAAUAAUCCAGCAUCUGCCACUGACACGGGAGACAGCCAAGAGGUCAGGAAGGAGGAUAUCACAGGCUGCAAUUCUCCAACUGGAUGUUAAUGUUGUAGAGGCAGAGACGGAGCGACUCAUGGCGGACAACCUCAUCGUGCGGUCCAAGAGAAUGACAAGACGCGUGUCUGUCACUUCACUUCCCACCGGCCUGCAGAAGGGCUCAUAUUCCUCUAAGAAAAGACACUUUGCGCUGAUGAGACGGAAGAAGAAGGCUGUGGAGAAGGUGAAACAGAAGUCGGAGUAUACAGUGCAUGGCUUACAGAUGCAGGUGGACGACCUUAUUGAAACAAUAGCUGAGAAAUCCAACAAGCUCUUAGAGCAGAGACACGAGGAAUUACGCCAAUGUCAGUCUCUGGGAGAUGAAAUCCUUCAGUGUUCAAAGCAGUUCCAGAGAGUCUCCAAAAAGAACACCAGGAAGUACAAGUUUAAGAACGUCUGUUUUCCAUGUAUCUGCUGCUGCUACUAG